AUGGGAUUGCAGGGCCUUGAGUCAAUGGUGGCCGAAGGUGCAAUGAUCCCAGACGAUCAAGUUUGCAGUAGCCCGGAAGUUUCUUACAGCAGUUUUUGGAUUUGGCUGGCAUUUGGACUAAUGCUUGCAACGUUUGCAGUGGUGACAUUCAAGGGUUACUACAUGCUGAAGAAGGUCUCCAAUGAUUUGCAACAUGCUUGGGCGCAAGUGGCAGAUGAAGAUCACUACAUAGCCCAGCAAGCAGAACGCAUUGACAAACUGGAGAAGCGUUGCGAAGCUUUGGAAAACCAAUUUGGUCAACAGACAGCCAUCCUAACUGAUCAAAUCACAGAGACUUCAAACGAGCUUUCAAUGACACGUGAUUACAUGACGGGCCUGCACUAUUCACUGGUGGAACAUGGUGGCUUCCUACGCAAUGGGCUAGGGUUAAGCCACGAUCAGUGGAUUCAUCUGACGACCCUCGAGCGUGCCAACAUGAUAAGCUCGAGGACAAUGGGAUCAGUGGAGUUCAUGCGACUGGUCAGACAGAGAAUGGUACCAGCUGAAACAGCAGACCAAACAGAUGAAGCAACAGAAGAUGGAACAGAAAUGGAAGUGGAGCCAACAACCACUUCAAGGUUGGGUGACCGAGAACAAUCUUUGGAAGAGAUGUUGAAUUUCAUCAAGGCAGAACAUCAAGGAUGCAUCGAUCGCCAAGAAUACUGGGAUGCAAACAACCUGCAGAAUCUCAUUUUGGAACUUUUGGAAGGGGUUCAGAACCAAGAACCGGAGUCAGAUGUGGUCUCCGUGGCGUUGGAGGCGGUCGUUGCAACGAACAACGAAUUCCGGUUAGCUCUUUGGGAUCGCUUACCAUCCCAUGCCGAGCACUUCUGCGAUGUCUCCUUGCGCAGCACCGACGGGCAAGUCUUCAAGGCCCACCGGUUGGUGCUGUCCAUGGCCAGCGAUCCUCUCUUUGCAAUGCUCAGUGGCAGCUUUGCCGAGGGGCAACAAUCGGAGGUGCCCUUCGAAUCUUCCGGCGAGGCUCUCAGUGCAUUUCUGGAGUUUCUGUACAAGGGUACAUUCUCAGUGAAGAAGGCCGCUGCGGUAAUCGUGAAUGCAGCUGUGGUGCAAGACAAUGACUGA